AUGACUCCAAAAAGAAAAAUAUUUGAUAGUAAAAUAAAUAACAAAAUAAUCCCAAUAAGCACAGGGUGUCUGAUGUAUAUCGUUGAGAAAAUCGAAGACAAGUCAACGUCAAAAAAAGUUUAUGGUCUAAAAACCGCAAAAUAUAAAACCUUUUGUUACAAUAUUUCUAACACCACGACGGACAAAGACGAGUCAAGACAAAACGGCUCGGCUACUGUUGCCGAGUCAACAAAGUCUUAUUUCUGUCCAAUAAUCAAAGCAAUUGAGCGUUCUGGGAAAAUUCCAAUUAUUCGGUUUAAUGUUAAUACGAAUAUCCAAGGCUUUCGCGCCCCACAGUUUAUUGAUGUGCGACGAACGUAUGAUGAAUUUGUUAAACUUGGGAAACACCUUUCAGUCUCAAAUCCAGAAUGUCUUGUUCCCCCAGUUCCUCCUAAUACCACAUCAGCAGGACUAGCAUUAGAAGAAGAAGCAAAACAUCUCCAUAUUCGCAUGCAAAAGUGGCUAGAUAUAAUCAGUGAAAAUCCUAUUCUCAUUCAUGAUGAGGAACUUGUUUAUUUUAUAGAAAGUCAUUUUGGGUAUUCACCCGUUGUACAAAAAGAUAAACCCGCGUCAGGAUUAAAAAGAAAAGCAAUAAAGAUGCAAGGUCCUCCUCCAGACGAUACUCCAGAGCUCUCUAGUCUAAGACCUAUUGUUAAAAAAUUCCAUCAGCAAACAAGCGAAUCAUCUGCAAAACUUGAAAAAGUAAUUAAAGCUCUUCGAAACAUAAGUGUUUCUGAAGAUGAAUUGGGCCUUAAGUUUGCAGCGAUAGCCGAUAUGGAACAUCAUUCUGGAAUGGCCAAUGCUUUCCGAAAACUUGGAAAAACUAUCCAAACUAUCAGUCAUUCGUAUUUAACUCAAGCAAAUACAAAGGCAGUACUUCUCAUAGAUACUUUUUCAUAUAUUUCCUUAGACGCAUAUGCUGUAAAAGAAACUUUAACAAAUCGCCAAAUUCUCAUCAAAGAAUUAUUAUCUGCGCAGGCAUCCUCUCGUUCGAAACUAUCUAUUAUUACACGCUUAAAAUCAUCAGCCUCAAUAAAAUCAGAAAAAGUUGACGAAGUUUUAGCAUCUCUUGAAGAAACUCGUUCAUACGAGCAAAAUCUUAAUAUAAAGCUUACUCGCGUUACUACGAAUCUGCUCCAAGAAGGACGCCAAUGGAUUAAAAGAUCAUCAGAUAGCAUUAAAUCAGCUUUAAAAGAAUAUACAAAACAUCAAAUCGAAUACGAAAGACGAUUGUUAACUAUCUUAGAGUCAGCAAGGCCAGACAUAAGAAAUAUAGAUCAUACAGGUGGUCUUUCGAGAUUAGGAAGAGAAUUUACACGAACAAAAAACAAAAAUGAUAUUAAUUCGAGUCAAACUGCUCAAGGCGAUGCAUGGUCCGGUAUUCAAAGACAAAAGAAUCAUAUAAAUAAAGAAUCAGAUUUUGAAUUUCUCAAAAGAAAUGAAGAUGUUUUGGACGCACGUAGCGCUUUUGCAAUUCUUGGUACAAAAAUUAAUUAA